UCUUGAGUUGUUUCCUUAUUUUUUCUCUCUUAUCAAUUUCUAGCGAUGACAGCUUCUCGCACCAUGUCUAUCGAAAAUUUGGCGAGCAAGUCUCAAGAAUGCCUACAGAAUGCACUAACCUUCAUAGUUUUUCUUUUCUUGGACUUUGCUGAUGCAAUUCUUUGUGUAGUUUACAAAUGUCUUGACACGUUUCUUGAAGGAAAAUCCUCUCCGUGUCACUGUGGAAACAAAGAAUCAUCCGCAGCUACGGGAUGCGACGAAGACGACGGGAUAUCGGAUUCAUUUUACGGAAGAAACAACGUUUUCAGCAAAAUGAGUUCUUUUGUAUUUCAAAGAAAAUGGAGGAACCAUAAAAGUGAUGAAAAAGUUUACAACAGUGAAGUGAAAACUAAGUGGUCUGAUUGCAGUUGCGAGAAUUGUCUUUCUUGGUUGAAAGAUGGUGGCGAGAAGCUUCAUCUUGUGGUUAAAGAACCAUCACAAGUCAGCAGUGAUCCGAUCAGAGAAGAUGAAAAUGUGAUAUUCAUUCACGGAUUCUUGUGCUCUUCUUCGUUCUGGACAGAAACAGUCUUUAAAAAUCUGUCGGAAACUGCGAAUCGGACUUAUAAAUUGUUUGCUAUUGAUCUUCUGGGAUUUGGAAAAAGCCCUAAGCCAUUGGAUUGUCAAUAUAGUUUGAAGGAUCACUUGGAAAUGAUAGAAAAAUCAGUGAUUAAUCCAUAUGAAUUGAAAUCUUUCCAUUUGGUGGCACAUUCUAUGGGAUGCCCAAUAGCUUUAGCUCUGGCUGCCAAGCACCCCAAAUCCGUAAAAUCACUCACAAUUGUUGCACCAGCAAUUUUUUCCUGUGGUAAAGACGAAGAAAGUGUAGAAGUUCUUAAGAAAUUGGCUACAAAAACAUUAUGGCCAGCUGAAUCAUUUCAGAGAUCGGUUAUGGCAUGGUAUGAACACAUAGGAAGAAGUGUUUGUUUUCUUGUUUGUCGACACCACAGAACGUGGGAGAGCCUCAUCAUGCGAAUCACCAAGAAAAGGGAUGUGAAUUUUGCUAUAAAAGACUUGACCAAGCACACACACCAUUCUACUUGGCAUAAUGUGCAUAAUGUGAUCUGCGGAGGAGCGAAAUUCAUGGACGGAUACCUAGAGAUCCUAAAGAACGCCGGAGUCAAAAUUAACAUUAUUCAUGGUGAUCGUGACAACACGAUUCCGACGGAGUGCAGCUACGAUAUCAAGAAGAAAGUUGGCCAUGCAGAGCUGAGUAUCAUACGUAACGCUACCCAUAGUUCAGUAAUUUUCCGAAGAAAGAAGGAUUUUACUCAGAAUUUGGAGCAUUUUUGGGCAUCAUCAACUCUUCCAGAAAAUUCUUCUCUAUGAUAUUAUUAUAUAUGUUUAUUAAUUAGUUAGAGUCUAUAGUUUAGAGAUGUUAAAUAAAAUAUAAUGUAAUUGUGUUUACUAUUAUAUUAGUUGAUUAUGUAACAAAUGGAAGUCAUAUUGUCCCAAGAAGCUAAAUGUUAAAAUUGAAAACAUUGCUGUUGGAUGGUAAUAUGACGUACCAUAGUUGUAUAUAUAUUUUGAGCACAAAAAAUAUAUGAAAAUGUUACUUUCAAUUUGUA